AUGAAUAAUGAAUAUGUCAGACGUAAAGUGGGCAUUAGGGAUAUGAAAUCAUGCCUGAUAUGUCAAAAACCAACCACAGUAGUACUUUACAACAAAUCUAUUCCGGAUUUGAUCUAUUCUUGUGAAAUCCAUUUACAAGAUAAUCCACAGUUUGUGUUACCAAUACAGAGCACAGAAUAUAUCAGGACAGUAGAAAGGCUCAAAAUAUUGAAGCGGGAACUGGCUGUAGCGAAUGAUAAUGACAAAACUGGGUCAUGGGACAAUUGGGUGACCAAGAUAUUUAGCAGUAAGAAAUCUGAAGGAGAAGUUGAUGAUGAUAACAGUAAGAAGGCCAAUGAUAGUGCAACUCCAUCGCCGGAUCAAGCAGACCCUAGAAAGGAGUACAACGAAUUGCUAGACAGAAUGGCUCAGUUGCAAAACGAUGUGAGGCUGUUCAAAUUGAGUAAGUCCAUGUUUGAAUCAAGAAUACAUCAACGACAAAUGAUGUUGAAACGCAUUGAACUGCAAAAGCGGGAAGAACAAAGCUACUCAAACACCGAUCCAGACGAACUCACCACCUCAUUUAAUUUUCCAUCAACACCAACAACCAAGCCAAAGUAG